CAUCUUUGCACCCAAGCGCACGCGACGGCAUUACGUCCUCUGAGACAUCUUGGGCAAUACAGCUGUCUGCAACCCAAGUUGAACCACCUUCAAAAUGUCAAAGCGCGCUGCCGAAGAUGUCGAGCCGCAGCGGCUGGUCGCUGGCGACCGUCCCGUUGCCCAGACGCCACUGGCCGAUGGAGAGGAGUUCGAAGACGAAUUCGAGGAUGAGUAUGAGAGCGAGGACGAGAUUAUCGAAGCUGGUGUCGAUGGAAGACCCGAUGACGAGCGUGAGGCUGAAGAGAAGGCUGCCAAUGCCAUGGACGUCGACCAGCAGACCUUCGUUCCGGGACGACAUAAAUUAGAAGCUGGACAGACACUGGCGCCGGAUCUAUCAGUGUACGAGAUGCUGCACACAUUGGAGCCGACCUGGCCAUGUCUGUCAUUCGACAUCAUCAAGGACAACCUCGGCGACAAUCGAAAAUCCUACCCAGCUACAGCCUACGCAGUCGCAGGCACGCAAGCAGCACACGAUCGUGCCAAGGAGAAUCAAAUCAUGGUUAUGAAGCUCUCUGGUCUAUCACGAAACGACAAAUUCCAAAAUAUCGAUUCUGAUGAUGAGGAUUCUGACGACGAUGAGUUUUCCGAUCCAGUCCUGGAGACCAAAUCUAUUCCCCUCACAUCGACGACAAAUCGUAUCCGGGCCCAUCAAUCACCCCAGGCCAGCGCCUCCACACCACCAACGACCAUCACCGCCGCCAUGCAGGAAUCUGGUGAAGUACUGAUCCAUGAUAUAACUCCUCAUCUCCGCUCCUUUGACGAGCCCGGCUUCAUGCUCCCCACAAAUGCCAACAAAGCUUUGUCGACCAUUCGAGCUCACAAACGAAACGAAGGAUAUGCCCUUGACUGGUCACCCCUGAUUCCUGCUGGAAAGCUGCUCACCGGCGACAGCGCGGGACAGAUCUUUGCCACCACUCGCACUGACGGUGGCGGCUUCGUCACAGACACCAACCCAUACACAGGCCACACUGGCUCCGUCGAGGAACUCCAAUGGUCACCCACAGAACGCAACGUUUUCGCCUCGGCCUCCAGCGAUGGCACAGUGAAGAUCUGGGAUGCUCGAAGUAAAUCUCGAAAGCACGCGGUGUCCGUCAAGGUCUCCGAAAGUGAUGCCAAUGUUCUCUCCUGGUCGCAUCAAACAGCUCAUCUCCUUGCCAGUGGCCAUGAUGAUGGAACAUGGUCAGUCUGGGAUCUCCGGCAAUGGAAGUCGCCCGAAGCGGCUAAGACAUCGAAACCAGUCGCGCAUUUCGCAUUUCACCUGGGGCAAAUCACCAGCGUGGAAUGGCAUCCUACAGACGAUUCCGUGGUCGCAGUAUGCGGCGGCGAUGACAACGUGACGUUGUGGGAUCUGGCUGUGGAGCUGGAUGACGAGGAAAGCAAGUUCACAGCUGAUGCAAAGGAUGUGCCACCACAGCUGCUUUUCAACCACUACUCGAAAGGAGUCAAGGAAGCUCACUGGCACCCACAAAUACCUGGGACAUUGAUGAGCACAGGUGAGAGUGGUUUCGGCGUUUUCAAGACUAUCAGCGUUUGAGCAUCCUGCGAGACGCAAAGCUUGUUCGUCCCACAUUAGAAAGAGCCUGUCUGCCUUUCUGAACUGUUCGCCAAAGUUGACAAAGUGCUCGUAAAUACCCCUUUCAUAAUCGCACCAGCGUGCAAAAAGUCAGUCACAAAAUAAAAUGGCCUGGAAAGCGCCGUUGCGAACGUCGUCUCGUGUCUCAUGAUAAUACUACGCGGCUUGAGCUCUUGCACAUCUGAGCAUUGGCGUCCCCGCAUCGUGUA